UUUGAGGGCUGUCCGAAAGCUUACUCUCGUCUGGAGAACCUCAAGACCCACCUCAGGUCCCACACCGGGGAGAAGCCAUAUGUGUGUGAACAUGAAGGCUGCAACAAGGCCUUCUCCAACGCCUCAGACCGGGCCAAGCACCAGAACCGCACACACUCUAAUGAGAAACCAUAUGUGUGUAAGAUCCCGGGCUGUACCAAGCGUUACACAGACCCCAGCUCUCUCAGGAAGCAUGUUAAGACAGUCCAUGGACCGGAGGCCCACGUCACCAAGAAACAGCGAAGCGACAUCCCCCCCAGACAACAGCCCCCCAAAGGCAAUGGGGAGAAUGAGGCUAAUUCCAAGCUCGGUGGAAGAGGCCUGGACGGCAAGAUGGAGGCCAACAGCACCUCUAGAGGGGGGGAGGACUGCCUACAAGUCAAAUCCAUCAAGACUGAGAAUUCUAUGACGUAUCAGUCCAGUCCUGGGGGCCACUCGUCAUGCAGCAGUGAGCCGUCGCCUCUCAGCAGCGCAAACAACAACGACAGUGGAGUAGAGAUGGCCCUGCACAGCGGCGGCAGCUUUGGGGACCUUACACAGGACGAUGGCCCCAUGGUGGACUCUACUGUUCCAAUCGGGGGACAUCUGGCUGGGGUGGGGCUUCAGAUGAGGAAAAGUGUGGGUCAUGGUGGUGGGGUCACGAUCAAACUGGAAAACAUCAAGCAGGAAAGGCUGACCACAGUGAGGGACUCCUGCCCCUGGGGCAACUCUGCACCACAGCCACUGCAGGGCCAACGCAACAGCACGAAGCUACCCCCAAUACCUGCAGUCGGUUCUCUGCUGGAGAACUCCAACUUGAUCACUAACCUAGGCGGUCAGUACCCCGGACAACGCAUGGGGGACCUGUCUUCUUGUGAAGUAACGCUGCUGAACCAGCUCAAUGAGCGGCGUGACAGCACCACCAGCACCAUGAGCUCAGCUUACACCAUGAGUCGGCGCUCCUCCGGCAUUUCACCCUGCUAUUCCAGCCGCCGUUCCAGUGAGGCGUCCCAGUUUGGUGGUAACCGCCAUAACAACAUCAGUUCGGCUGAUUCCUAUGACCCAAUCUCCACUGAUUUGUCUCGCCGCUCCAGCGAGGCUAGCCAGUGUGGAGGUGUCGGUGGAGGAGGUCUCCCAAGCCUCCUCAGUCUGACACCAGCUCAGCAUUAUCGACUUAAGGCAAAGUAUGCUGCUGCCACUGGUGGAGCUCCACCCACUCCUUUGCCUAACAUGGAUCGGAUGAGCCUGAGGACCCGCAUGGCUCUCUAUAGUGACUCCCAGGAAGGCUUGUCGCACCAACUCCAUCAGCCCCCUUCUGGAACUGUGCCUCGGCGAUGCAGUGAUAUUGGUUAUGGCACGCGGAGUAUGAUGCCCCAUGAAGUACCCCCCCACCUUCCACGUCGUGCCAGCGAUCCGGUGCGUCGUUCCACAUUGGACCCUCUCUCCUUUCCCAGGGUUCAGCGCUAUAACAGCAUGAACAGCAUGAACCCCAUGAAUUGUCCAUCCCCUGAGCGCCACCAGGCACUGGCGAUGCAGGGCUAUACUCGCUCGGAUGGCAGCCUGCAACGCUACCCAUUUGCCCCCAGACCACCUAGCAUUUGUGAGAAUGUAGCCAUGGAGAACAUGGCAGUAGAUGGGAUGAUGAUUGGGCGGGAGCAGAGUGGGGAGGAGGACAUGGUUCUUCCGGAUGAUGUGGUGCAGUACCUGAGGACCCAAAAUCCUGGCCCCACAAGUAACAACUCUGGGCAAGGGGACUACCAUUCCAACAAUCAGACUCAUGGCCACCAGACUAGCAUGGGCCCACCUGCGUCAUUUUACGCGCAGAGGAGAAUGGCUAUGGUUGAUGGCACGAUGAAUCAUCAAUCAGGUCAUCAAAUGGGUUCUGUUGGCCCACACCAGCCCUUCCCAGCACCAUUGGACAAUAUGAAUAAGAAUAGCAUGCCAGUGCAGUGGAACGAGGUGAGCUCAGGGACUGUCGACACCACAACCAAGCUCUCCAAACCACAGCAGCAUCCUCUCCGGGGGAACCUAGCUGUUGUUCAGCAGACACACAACUUUGGUUCCUUGCAGGGACAAGGUCAGGGCCUUGGCAGCAACCAGCAGGUAGUGCCUAUGAGUCAGAACAUGUCUAUGCAGGGGUAUGCUAACCACAACAGCCAGAGGCUGAUGAACGCCUCCCACCAGCAGCAGAGGCAGCAGAGGCAGUGCAGUGUGAACUUUAGUGAUCAAAUGAGUCCUCAGCAAGGAUUUGGCCAAGAAGCAAUCCCAAAUGCUAUAUCUGGGAGUACCAGCGUGAGACCUACCGGGAGCACUAUGGGAGAUCCAGAACUGCAAAGUUACAGAGCAAGGACUCAGGCUGAUGGCUAUCCUCAUGUGAACCAAAUGGAUCAGCAGCAAAAUUACAGCGUUCACUUCCAGCAGCAGCAGCAUGUCCAUAAUGCAGGCAGAGGAAUGUUACAACCCAGGCCUCCCAUGGAGCCGAAGACUAGUGCCAGACAACAAACAGUGACUAACAUGAUGCAAUCGAGUCGAAUACCCAAAUCAUCGGAUUUUAGCCCCAGUCAUGGUACUGGCACCUCAGAGGCAAGCCCAAAGAGGCCCAGUGGCUCAGCAAGCCACAACAGAAGCUCUGAAAAUCAGAACUCUGCUAUGUUUUACACAGAUCAGAUUCAUAUGUUUGAGCCAAAUUCUGUCAGCUUUGAUGCCCCCAUGUCCCCCGGUGCCAGCCAGGCUCCUUCCAGCAACACCAUUGCUGCAGCCAACAUUGCCUCACCAGGAGUCAAUCACGUCUCCAGCAGUACAGUGGAUUCUUCUACGGGUGGAUCAGGUGGCACGGAGCAUGCCCAAAUCGACUUUGACACCAUGCUGGAUGAUGGGGACCACUCCAGCCUAAUGUCAGGCACGCUGAGUCCUGGCCUCCUGCAGAGCCUCUCCCAGAGCUCCUCCCGCCUCACCACCCCGCGCAACUCCGUCACCUUGCCAUCUGUACCGGCAGGGAUCGGCAACAUGGCCAUCGGUGACAUGAACUCUAUGCUCACAGCCCUGGCUGAAGAAAGCAAAUUCCUUAACAUGAUGAGCUGAGAGCAAUCAAGCACCUCAUCAUCCCUCCAGUCUUAACCAUGUCUACAUCAGGAAUAUUUGCCUACACAAAGCACUGAUUGAACAAUGCAAACUGGCUAUUUCAUACUUUUUUUCCCUUAUCUGUCAAUAGUUCUAUUCUUAUCUCUUGUAAUAUUUGCUUCAGAUUAUAAUGUUACAUUAUAAAAACGUAUUAGUAAGUAUAGCUAGGGUUAAGGAAAAUGUUUUCAUUGUUUGAUAAAAAGCCAUACGUUUUACCUACAGAUAUAUGAUAGUCCAGGGUAACAAUUGCCAUUCAGUAUUUGCUGGUGUAAUAGCCCUUUACUAAGUGGUGCACUGAAAGCAGUACACACACAUGUAGUACCCCGCUGAGGACAUCAACUAUGAGCAUGAACACAGGAAAUGAACAUGAUAUGUAGAUAACAGAUAGUAUUUUCUCAUGAAGACUUUUAUGUGUAUUGAUUAUACUGUAUGGUACUUGCUUUAAGUUAUGCUAUAGACUCUUGAUGUUUAAACUAGGGCUGUCAAAGUUACAGUAACAUGUGGACACCUACUAUUCAUUCACAAGGUAUAAUGAAUCAAAUGUUUAUGAAAUAAUCAUGUGGAAUGUUAACAAUAUUGUUACAAAGCUGAGCUAAAAUUGUAUGUGUACAGAACAAUGUGUAAAAUAAGUGUCGAGACUUGCAGUGGCAUCUUGGAACACACAUUAAAUAUAUUAAUGUAGAACAAUUCAUUGAAAAUAACCUUUUUGGUACCAGAUCUAAAAAAUAUAUAUGACAUGGCUCAGGCUGACAUGGAUAUCAUUUUUAAACAGGAAAACGUACAGGUGCUUGAAAAAAUAAGACAGACAAUAAACAAACCAUGCAUGUAGAAAUUGAUGCAUACAUGCCCAUUAUGAAAAAUACAUUAAAUGUUAUUGCAAUUUAUUUAUGCACUUAUUUCAACACUGCAGCUUAAGAAAUAGAAGUGCUGUUAGAAGAACCUGUAUUGCUUGUGUUGCAAAUACACCAAGAUUUUUGAAAUAAAGGAUAUUUGUGGCUCCAAGCAAUUCUGCUCAAAUUAAACAUAUUUUACGACAUUUCAUUAAAUUCAGUUUGAAUUUGAAAUGUGUGACUAACUGCGGUUCACAAAAUGAAGCAUUUCACAACCCUAUUUUAAACGUGGUUGUACGACGUCAUGAUCCAUAGAUAUUAGGUGCUUUUUGAUCAUGGUCUGAGCUCUUGGGGAUGGCACUGUAAAAUCUGAUUUCCUUCUUUGCCCGAUGGAUCAGACAGAAACUCUCCAUCUCACAAGGGUAGAUGAUUGAAAAGGACAAGGAUAUGCCUCUGUGUUAGUCUAUCAGGGCACAUGAACCCAUGUGUCGACGAGGAGCAUUCUCUAAAAGAAUAUAAAAGUACCUCUGUGUGUUCUCAGUAGAGAUCCAAUCCAAAUUAACACAUUCAUACAGCCCCCCCCCCGCACCCCCCCGGGCUCUGGACGAACUGCUGAGAGCACAGGGAGGGACACUGACUUUAAAAAAUAAAAUCCUAUUUUAUUAUGUUGCAGCAUUUCUAAGUAGCCUUUCAAAUGUUUGUGUGUAUGCUACCAUUCGCUUUUACUAUGCUCAGUGUGUGUGGUUUUGUUUGUGUGAGUGUGUGUGUAUAUAGCUUUUGUACAUUUCAAAUAAACUAUCCCCCUUGUUUCUGUUUUAA